GAAAAGGAGCUGUGUCCUACAUAAGUGUCCUGUGAUCCAGAUGUAUUCUGAGUGAGCUUUUACACUGCAUGGGCGCUGUCGAGACAAUGUUCUUCAGAAAAAGUCCAAGUGCAAUGAGAUGUCUUCUUCCCUUUGCUACCUUGCUUUUAUUGAGUGCCAUCGCUGAAGGAGCUCAGAAAAUAGAUCUAAACAAUGAAAACACCAUUGCAACAAUCAACCAUUCUUCAAUCCUUAUUGAUCACCUUCAGGGCCUUCUGCAUAAUUCCAACUCAAGUGACAUCACACUGAAAGUCUACACAGGGAAUUCAGAUGAAGUCAAAGUGUUCCACACUCACCACCUUCUUCUUGUCCUGCAGAGUGAUGUCUUUGAGGAUCUCUUGCUGAAUCAAAGUGUUACCACUCUUGUCCUACAUGAAACAGCUGAAUGUGCUGUCCUUUUUGAGAAAUUACUCAGAUACUUCUACUGUGGUGAAAUCACCAUCCUUUUGAGUCAAGUUGUCCCACUACAUAAAUUAGCUGCCAAGUACCACGUCACAGCCUUGCAGCAUGGCAUUAUUGAAUACAUGAGUCAACACCUUGCCAGUGCCUUUCCCCAAGGCCAUGUGGUCAGUUGGUAUCAUUACUCCGCCAGAAUAGGUAACGAAGACCUACAGGAAAGAUGCAAGCGGUUUCUGGCUUGGAACAUGUCCAGUGUCAUUCACAGCCAAGAGUGGCAAACCAUCAGCGACGACUUGAUGGUCGCCCUGCUUCAACGCUCCGACCUAGUCGUGGAAAACGAACUGGAGAUUUAUUAUGCAGUUGAAGAGUGGAUAAAGAAGAACCAACCCGAUGUCACGGUAACGGAGACCGUUCUCAAGUCAAUUCGUUAUGCCAUGAUCAGCCCCCAACACUUGUUCCACAUUCAGAAGCAAUCCCCCAUCAUGAAAGAGCAUUACAGUUCAGUCCACAACUUACUUUUCCUCACUUUCCAGUUUCAUUCUACUACACCCCUUGUGUUUGCCAAAUAUUUUGAUGUCAAUUGUAGCCUCUUUAUACCAAGGAAUUAUUUGUCUAGUUCCUGGGGUUCCCAGUGGGUGAUCAAUAACCCUGCUCGAGAUGAUCGUAGCACCAGCUUCCAAACCCAGCUGACACCCAGUAACUCCGACAGCAGCAAGAGGGUGACCUGGAAUGUUCUCUUCUCACCGAGGUGGCUGCCCGUCAGCUUCAGGCCCUCUUACUCUUCAUUGGGCCACGGAGCAGUCCAGGCCUACAGCCCCGAAGAUGGUCGGCCGAGGAUAAUAAUCAACCCAGCUACUAACAGCGUCAGCUUUGCAGGAGUCAGCUUUCAGAAGACUGUCUUGGUAAGAGUGAAGCAAGAUGGGAGGUCCUAUGUGAAGCACGUAUAUAAUUUCCACCAAAGCACUGAAGAAACCGGUGACUUCCUCCUCCAGGCUGAUCUCCAAAAACGUUCCUCGGAAUAUUUGAUUGACAAUUCCCUUCACCUUCACAUUAUCAUUAAACCCAUUUACCAAUCAUUGAUUAAAGCAAUAAAGUGAUUUGGUUCGGAGGAUGACAUUCAUCCAAAAACAGUCUCAGUAAAUAAAGUCUAGUGCAUGUAGAAAAUGGGAAACCCUUACUGCCUGAUAUAUACCCUUUAAUAUACAGGGGUCUGUCCCUCGCCCAUGAUUGACAUUCCAAAAAUCCACAAUUGAUCUGUAUACUUUUGGCAUUGAUGUACAAUCUCAUCUACCUGUGCUCUGCAGCAAGUCUGUUAACAGUCGAAUCUCUAAUACAUGGAUGGUUGCAAAUAGGUGAGAGUGCACCGCACAAACAAAAUACUGAACAGUUGAUAUACCCCCAUGAAAUGCAACAUUACAAUUUUUAUUAUCUAUUCCAUUUAUUAUUGUGGUAAUAAAAAUCGAGGUCAAUUGUGACCUUGUGUGUGUGGUGAUUACUUUCCUCCUCUCUCAAGGAUCAUAUCAUUGCCCAGCUGCAAUGUACUGUGUCUGCAAUGCUUCAGAACAAUUUGGUGAUGUAAAGUUACAUAAAUGCAACCUACUUCCAAUUUUUCUAAGUUUAAUGGCAAUAAAACCAGAAUAAAAUUAACAACCUAAAACAUCAUCUGUAAGAAAAAACAAAUAAUAAAUGGGAGGUUCAUGCUAGUGUCCAUUUUAAUAUCUAGCUCAGCUAUUAACAAAAGAGUUUUGAUGCACUAAGUUAGAAUUGGACCAAACUGUGUGUUUUUGACCUGAUUUACUUUGAAUUUGUGGGAGACAGGCCCUUGCCUGCAUAAUAACCAUGUAUCUUACGUGAUCAUUUUUAAAAGAAACUUCUCCAUGACCCGUACUAAUGGACCAAAUGCAAAUCUGAUACCAUUAAGGCAGUGAGAAAUGAAACAGCCACACCUUGAAACUCUAUUUCGCAUGAGCAGGGAGCCAAAAUACUUCUAUGCAUUUGUAUGCCCAAGGACUGGAGCAAGUAGAGACAAAUGACCUGUUAAUCAGCUUCAUAAGUGAUUUUGAAAUUACUGCCCAAACUACACUGAACAACAAUCUCAAUGAUAAAUCACUUUUUGCAUGAAGAAACUUUUCUGGACACCUAUCCUAAGGCUUCCUGUGGCUAGUUUAAAAGUAUGUGGCUCUGUUUGGUAUGUCAUGAAGGUGUGUGUCAAAUUAACCUUAACUAUACACAUUCACUUACAACCUUCCACUGUUCCAUAAAACCCUCCUCCUGUAGCUCCUUUCAGCACCAAUGGGCCACAUUUCUGCAAUCCUUUCUUGUAACUCAUUCCAUUGACAUAGCGGAUCAUCAGUCUUGUGCCUUUCCUUUGUACCACGUCUAGGCUUUGAUGUCUCCAAGCUGAAUAUAUUGCUCAAGGUAUGCUUUCACCAGGUAUAAGGUCAUGUUGUAAUGACUUCUUUCCAAUUCUGACCUGGCAAUUAUAUUUAAUUAUUUUAGGUAACUUAUUAUUUCUUCACAGUGACUUCACAAUAAGUGCUGAAAAUGGCAUCAUGGAGUCAUAGAGUAAUACAGUACAGAUACAGGCCCUUCGGCCCAACCAGUCCAUGCCGACCACGGUGCGCACCUAGCUAGUCCCAAUUUCCUGCAUUUGACCCAUAUCCCUCCAUGCCCCACCACUCCAUGUUCCUAUCCAAGUACUUCUUAAGUGAUACUAUUGUACCUGCCUCAAUCACUUCCUCUGGCAGCUCGUUCCAUAUGCUCACCACCCUCUGAGUGAAAAACUUGCCCCUCAGGUCCCUUUUAAAUCUUUCCCCCCUCACCCUAAACCUAUGCCCCCUAGUUUUGGACUCCCCUACCCUGGGGAAAAGACUGUUAACGUCCACCUUAUCCUUGCCUAAAUGAAACAUGCUUUCUGCUUCAUUCUUAGCUAUUUCUGUAACAUGCCUGUAACACUUCCUUUUCCUGCUGUAUCAAGACUAUUGUGGUAAGACUAUUGAACGGUUCCCUUAUACAAUGAGACGGACUCUUGACCUCACAAUCUACCUUGUUAUGACCUUGUACCUUAUUGUCUACCUGCACUGCACUUCCCUGUAGCUGUGACACUUUACUCUGUAUUCUGUUAUUGCUUUUACCCUGUACUACCUCAUUGCACUGUGUAAUGAAUCGAUCUGUACGAUCAGUAUGCAAGACAAGUUCGUCACUGUACCUUGGUACAAGUGUCAAUAAUAAAUCAAUACCAAUACCAACACCAACCUUCACCAGAAAACACAUACAUUCUGCUCAUUGCCUCAGUAGAGAAGUGCCAUCCCCAAAGCUUCAGAUUAAAAGUUCAGUACAUGAUUUAUUCACAAACUCAGAGGUCCUGUUUUAGGAUAUAAAUCAGCAGAAUGUUGAUGUAAUUUCCAUGUGCACCAACAGACUGAAAACUGAGAAGGUCCUGGUGCAACAGACCAAUGCCACCCUCUCACUGAAUCCUCAUCCUUAGUCUCAGGCUUUGCCUUUGUAACUUCUUCACCAGUAUUAAAGAAUAAUUUAUGAAGUGUUUUGCCAGUUACCUCUGGAUGGCAAAGUUUUCAGUUUUGCACAGAAGGUACUGACCAGGAGAAAUGCAGCAUCACUGCUUAUUAAGGUGUCGGACUUGCUUACUGCCAGUAUCUGGAGACGUUAAGUAAUCACAUAAAGACGUUUCUUUGUAAGGAGAUGUGAUUCAUGGUUGGUAAUCAUCUUGUGUGUGAUUCGUAAAAGAUUCAAGGGUGGAAGUUUGGUUUGGGUGACAUUGCAUUGACUGGUCAUUGGACCCAUCACCCAACUUUCAGUUGGUUCACUGCAAUGGAGUUGAAGAACGAGUGGAGUGCAAUGAUAGCCAAAGUUAGAUACAAGAUGUAGAACAGAGAACAGUACAGCACAAGAACAGCCCUUUGGCCCACAAUGUCUGUGCUGAACACGAUGCCAAAUUAAACUAAUCCUUUCUGCCUGUACAUGAUCCAUAUCCCUCCAUUCCCUACAUAUUCAUGUGCCUAUCCAAAAUUCUCUCGAACGCCCCUAUUCUAUUUGUUUCCACUACCACCCCUAGCGCCGCAUUCCAGGUACCCCUCACUCACUGUGAAAAAAAACUUGCCCCGCUCAUUCCCUUUAAACUUUCCCCCUCUCACCUUAAAGCUACACCCUCUAGUAUUUCUACCCUAGACAAAAGAUCAUGACUAUCAACCCUAUCAGGUCUUCCCUCAGCCUCCAAGGCUCCAAGAAAAACAAUCCAAGUUUGUCCAACCUACGCUCCAGAGAAAACAAUCCAAGUUUGUCCAACAAAAACUUAAAGUCACAGUAGUAACUGUCAGCCAACCAAAUUCAGAGGGUUUUUUCCUCAAUUUCUCCUGUGCCAGUAUAAAACCUGAUCAAUUGUAGAACUAAAAGAGUUAGGUCAAAGUAAGUUUACAACAGAUGUAAAUGAAAAUCAUUCGAUGUAAUUGUGUAUGGGACCAACACAGAAAGUAUUUAAGAUUGUUGGAAUUCAAGAAUCUUGCUGAAGUAUAUUAUUUCUGUCCCAUGAAAGGAAACUGGAGUGAUCAAUAAAUUACCCACAUUGGU